AUGGCGUCCGCUACUUCUGAGCUACACGGGCCAGAGGGAGCCACCGCCGACAUCGAUCCUGCGCGCGCUGCCACAACACCGAGAGCUGCGCACGGCGCCUGCCCAGCGCUGCCUUCAAACAUUCCUACUUGCAGUUCCUUCAGUUCUGACAUGCAGAUUAAUUGGCUGCCUUCAAACAUUCCUACUUGCAGUUCCUUCAGUUCUGACAUGCAGAUUAAUUGGCUGCCUUCAAACAUUCCUACUUGCAGUUCCUUCAGUUCUGACAUGCAGAUUAAUUUUUAUAAUGGCACACGAGUCAUGGAGCGCGUCAUGUGGCGAGUCAUGGAGCGAGUCAUGGCGCGAGUCAUGGAGCGAGUCAUGGAGCGAGUCAUGAAGCGAGUCAUGGAGCGCGUCAUGGAGCGAGUCAUGGAGCGAGUCAUGUAGUGAGACAUGGAUCGAAUCCUGGAGCGUGUCAUGGAGCGAGUCAUAGAGCGAGUCACGAAAUAAGUCAUGGAGCGAGUCAUGUAGUGAGUCAUGGAGCGAGUCAUGCAGUGAGUCAUGGAGCGAGUCAUGUCGUGAGUCAUGGAGCGAGUCAUAGAGCGAGUCACGAAAUGAGUCAUGGAGUGACCCAUGGAGAGAGUCAUGGAAUCCAUGGAGCGAGUCAUAAAGUGAGUCAUGGAGCGAGUCAUGGAGUGAGUCAUGGAGCGAGUCAUAGAGCGAGUCACGAAAUGAGCCAUGGAGCGAGUCACGUAGUGAGUCAUGGAGCCAGUCAUGUUGUGAGUCAUGGAGCGAGUCAUAGAGCGAGUCACGAAAUGAGCCAUGGAGCGAGUCAUGUAGUGAGUCAUGGAGCGAGUCAUGGAGUGAGCCAUGGAGCGAGUCAUAGAGCGAGUCACGAAAUGAGUCAUGGAGUGAGUCAUGGAGCGAGUCAUAGAGCGAGUCAUGUAUCGAGUCAUGGAGCGAGUCACGAAACGAUUCAUGGAUCGAAGUGGAGCUCUAACACGCAAUAAAACAUAA